CAAUCACACACCACAGCCGCCGCAGGCGCCUACCACUCUCCGACAAAACCCCAGGCACUCGCCAAGCCAAGCCACCCUUCGCGCCGCUACAAUGCUGGCCGCCGCAGCCUCUGUCAAGCCGUCCGCGGCCGCCACGUCGAAACUGUCCUUCAAGCUGCUCCACCUCCCUCCCCUUCCCGCCGCCGCCGGACACGGCCCGCUCUCCCUCUCCCUCUCAGCGCGACCCCUGUACCGCCAGGAGCCGUUCUUGGCUGCGGCGGCGGCGCGCAACGACCGUGCCGCGUACCCCGCGCCGCCGGCGGCCACCGCGGACGGCGCGCGGCCGGUGGAGGCCGCGGUUGCGCCGGCGGCGCCCGAGGAGACAGCAAGGCGCGCCAAGAUCGGGGUCUACUUCGCGACGUGGUGGGCGCUGAACGUGAUCUUUAACAUCUACAACAAGAAGGUGCUCAACGCGUUCCCAUACCCGUGGCUCACGUCGACGCUCUCGCUCGCCGCCGGCUCCGCCAUCAUGCUCGCGUCAUGGGCCACCAGGAUCGCCCAGGCGCCCAAGACGGACCUCAAUUUCUGGAAGGUGCUGUCCCCGGUGGCGCUCGCGCACACGAUCGGGCACGUCGCCGCGACGGUGAGCAUGGCGAAGGUGACCGUGUCGUUCACGCACAUCAUCAAGAGCGGCGAACCGGCAUUCAGCGUGCUCGUCUCAAGGUUCCUCCUCGGCGAGCAUUUCCCGGCGCCGGUCUACUUCUCCCUCCUUCCGAUCAUCAGUGGAUGCGCACUCGCCGCCGUCACCGAGCUCAAUUUCAACAUGACUGGAUUCAUGGGGGCAAUGAUCUCAAACCUCGCAUUCGUCUUCCGGAACAUAUUCUCCAAGAAGGGGAUGAAGGGUAAGUCGGUCAGCGGGAUGAACUACUACGCCUGCCUCUCCAUGCUCUCCCUGGUGAUCCUCCUCCCCUUCGCCAUCGCCAUGGAGGGACCCAAGGUGUGGGCUGCAGGCUGGCAGAAAGCAGUCGCCGAGAUCGGUCCCAACUUCGUCUGGUGGGUGGCGGCGCAGAGUGUGUUCUACCACCUGUACAACCAAGUGUCCUACAUGUCGUUGGAUGAGAUCUCGCCGUUGACAUUCAGCGUCGGCAACACCAUGAAGAGGAUUUCUGUCAUUGUCGCGUCCAUCAUUGUCUUCAAAACGCCCGUCCAACCCAUCAACGCGCUCGGAGCUGCCAUCGCCAUUCUCGGAACUUUCAUCUACUCCCAAGCAAAGCAGUAAGGCCUCGACAUGGAAAUGGCCUCGUUUCACCGCAAAUACUGCGCUCGAACAACAACUUAUGACUUAUGAGCGUAUCUAAGGACCCCUUGUAUAAUAUAUUAGAUCCUCUUUCUGUAUUUUCCUUUUCUAGGCCUAGCUUCCAGUGCUCCUGAAUUCCUCAUUUCUUUGUGCUUUUAAUAUGACUAUGUUGAUGAUGUAGAGAGAGAUGGAUCCGUCUAAAUAAAAUUACCAGACUUUUGCUCUA